UUUGUAACACACAGAAAUAAAAAUGUUGGUGUAAUGCUGCUCAAGAGGCUGCAGUCUGAUAAACUGUUGUUGCAUACUUAUUUGUAAUAUUGUUAAAACAAUUCAAGCCUCCCUAAAAACAAGCCUCUCAAGACUAUACAGUUGUUUCCAACAGGUCCUGAUUAUAUCAACGCUGAUGAUACGGACUACAGUCACACUGGCAUGGAUCGUUCUGUGCUUCAGGACAAGUCUUUCUUUGGAGAAUUCAGGGUUUUUACUGCCUGAUAAUUACUCCAAAUAUGAGCCUCCGAUUGGUACACAUGGAGAGCCAGUCACAGUGGAGCUUAGCCUGCACAUCUUGGACAUCGUACUGGACGAACGCGCUCAGACGGUCAAGUUUGACUCCUACUUCCGAACAUUUUGGAAGGAAAACCGCUUCAUUAUUGAAAACAUGACGAAGCCGUACGUGCAAAUGGACACGGACGCCAUUUCGAAGCUGUGGCUGCCCAACCUGUUCGCCCUGUUCGUCCAAAAGGUGGAGAAGCCAGAGCUGAUCAUUCCCGCGGCCGGUGUUCAUCUGUACCAAGACAAAACCAUUUUCCGGACGAGCCUGUACCUCAUAACGGUCAAGUGCAACAUGGUCUACUUCAACUACCCGAUGGAUAGGCAGACCUGCCGGGUGAAGAUACAAAGCUAUAUCUACAGCGUGGAGACGCUGCUGCUGGAGUGGCACACGAAGGGCAUCACUCACGAGGAUAUCGUCAUGAGCAGCUUCUACCUGGAGGAGAUUCGCAUGCUGCCGCCAGUCACCAUACACAUUCUAAUUGAUUCGUAUGCGGAGCUCAACUUCGAGAUGCGUUUCAAGCGCAAGCUGCGCUUCUCCAUCCUGGCCGUGUAUGUGCCCAGUCUGUUGGUGGUGAUGGUCAGCUGGCUCUCGCUAUGGGUUCCUCCCGAAAUGGUGCCCGGUCGGAUGGUGCUGGUCAUCACCACUCUCCUGACACUCACCGCACUCUUCAGCGCCAAUGUCCAAGGAAUGCCUGAGGUCAGUUACGUCAAGGCGAUAGACGUCUGGACACUAGCAUGUAUCGUCUUCGUCUUCGGGACAAUCCUGGAGUACAUAGUCGUCCUCAGACUAUCUCAAAAGAAAGGAACCACGGUUGUUGAUGCAAAAGGGCAAUCAAAGGUGACGCCCCUGAAGGGCAACUGGACGAUGACGGGCGCCGAGAAGGCCGAUCGUCUGGAGCGGUUCUCCCGACUGGCCUCCGUGGUGGCCUUUGCCAUCUUCAACAUCGCCUACUGGGCCUACUACCUGGGCUGAUAGACGAGCUAAAUCUCCGCGGCCUGGUCGUAAGCCCUGCAUGAAGUCGUCGAGAGGCAUCAAAAGUCAAAGCAUGUGAAGCAUGCCAUUCUCCAAGAAGCGCUGCUGCCAUUCCAGUGAAUGUCAAAGGUGACAAAGACUAUUUAUACUCGUAUGCUGAGGCCUGAGGGCGACAUAAGCUUGCCCAGAAUAUGAUAUGGCAGUAGCAAUGCCUCUGGUCAUCAGGUGCUAUACUGCACGGCAUAAAAUAAAGCACAAAUGGGAGGAGUGGUAUAAUAAAGAGAUGGAAUACGGAGA